GGAGCUGGACAUGCCGCCCUCGGACGUCGCCAUCAAGGGCAAGAACGGCCGUCCGGGGAAAAUGCGAGUGUCCGGGCCGGCGCCGGGGGACUACCAGAUCGAUGGGGCCCGUGGGCCCACCGGCACCUUCAAGUCGGUGAAGUGGACGAUGCCCCACGCGGGCGGCCGGACCGAGACGAAGGUGAAGGAGACCGACGGCUUCGGCCCGGGCGCCUACGAG